AUGGCUGCUCUUCGUCCUUUCAGUUUUGUCAGCUCGCGCUUGCAGUUCCGCCGAUUUGCUCGUGGAGAAGAGGCCACCAUCUUGACCAUUCGCAACGAAAUAAACGCCCUCAAGUAUCUUCCGUGGUGGACAACCCUGUCCUCCGAGCAAGGGGGGUCACGGGUCUGGUCUGCAGGGGGGAAUAGGCCUGAUGCUCUGCUCCUAUUGGAGAGGGAAGGGACUCGAGCAAGAAAUACUCAGAAGCCUUGGUAUCUGGGCGAAAAGCGGAAGCGAUGGACCGCGCGUGCAGCGGGUGACUGUCACAUUGAUGCCAGAGAUACAGCAAUGCUGGCCGGCGCCGGAGCUGCGGGAUUUGCAACGAUUUCUCAAGGAAUGUGGGCGGCGCAGUUCCCGUAUUACAUUGUUGCCAUGUGAAUAGACGACCAACGGUUGGUUGGGUUCGGGUUUCGCAUUGAAAGACACCCUUUCUUACGGUAUUAUUUAACUGUUCUGCGACCGUUGUCGAGAUAUAUUUCGAAGGCUUUGUCUUUCUUGUAGGCGUGCCUUAGUAUGCAUAAUCAGUUUGCCGGGGAGAAAGAAAGGAUGUUGAUCCGAAUUCUGUCGCAUUUCUUGGAACCGACUCCGUGAUAUUCGCACGUGAUCCGGAGGGCAGGAUUGACGCCCAAGGCAGUUUUCGGUGCUUCUCCACUGCCACAAAAUCUCUAACCCCUUUGAGGUAACUGGCCUCUGAAAAGCGUUCUUGUUCCCAUGAUCUGACUGCUCCCGCCCUUUGGUCUGCGGCUGCGCGAAAAGAACGUCGACCGGGAGCUUGAUAUAGACAUUUCACGGAACCUAAGACAAGGAAAGCUGGCAUGGAUGCAUCCGCCCUACAUAGGCGCCCAACAGCGCACUGACGUGGACGAGUAGGAAUUGCUAUGCCAGCCAGCUGCCCCACGGCCCUUCAACAGAUACCCUGAAAUUCCACGGCGAAGCGCUGAUACUAUGACAUCGUUGCAGCCAGAGCGCCCAUACGAACACGUUGCUCGCGUCCUUCUCAUCAAAGUUUGCCGUACAUGGGAGCUAGGCAGAAGUUGGGCAUCG